GUGUUACGUCACAACCAGGAUAAAGUAGAAAAAGUGGAACGAGACUUUUCAGUACAGAUAUAACUUUAAUAAGUUACAACCUUGCGUUUAAAAUGCAUCGUUGCGGCGGAACUGGGGAGACACGAGAUGCCGAUGAAGAAGUGCAAAAAAUAUGCGAUGAGAUAAAGUCACAUGUCGAGGAUAAAGCUGGACGGACUUUUGACGUUUUCAUCGCCAAAUCGUAUAAAACACAAGUUGUUGCUGGAAGGAAUUUCUUCAUCAAGGUGCAUGUAGGUGGAGACGACUUUAUACAUCUACGUGUUUAUCAAACUCUGCCCUGUUAUGGAGAAAAACUAGAGCUAAACGGCCUGUUGACAUCCAAGGCUCAUCAUGAUCCUAUUGAAUAUUUCGAGCAGAACGUCUAGGAAGACACCCAGGCAUAAUAUUUCCCACAAGGGAUCCAACAUCCAUCAUAAUUUUGACAGCGUGUGUAACCAUGAGUAAUGAAGAUUUUGUUUUUAUCUAAUGCUGCCUUAAAGAGAUCGUUCACCGAAAAAUGAUAACUCUGUCAUCAUUUUCUCAUUAUAAUGUUGUAACAAACUUGUAUAAAUUUAAACAAGAAGGAAGAUAUUUUGAGGAAUGUUCGUAACCAAACCGAUUAUGAGCCCGAUUCACUGCCAUUGUAGGAAAAAUAAUACUGUGGACGUGAAUGGGGUUCAUGAAUGGUUGGUUUACAAACAUUCCUAAAAAUAUCUUCCUUUGUGGAAAUUAUACAGGUUUGUAACAACAUGAGGGUGAGUAAAUGUUUGCAGAAUUGUCAUUUUUGGGUGAACUUUCCCUUUAACAUGCUAUCGGUAAUUUAAUAUUUCCCACUUCUAAAGGCGGGAUUACAAGCUUGUUGUCUUUAAGUGCUCUUUUUGGAAAAAAAAUGAAGGACACGAGGUUUAUUCUUGCGUGUCUUAAGAAACUGCUAUUUAAACACUAUGGGGCGGUGUCCUGGACAGGGUUUAGAUUAAUCUAGGCAUUAGUGAUACCAUGACAUUAGUUUUUACAAACAUUGCUUACAAAAAACAAUACUGCUAUGCAUCUUAAGACAAAACUUUAACAACAGAGCAAUAAAGCUGUUAUAAUAAAGCAAACCUGCCAAAGCAGAAAUCCCUGAGAAUUGAGGUCCACUCAUCUCAGGACUUUGAGUAUCAAAUAACUUUCCAGAGGUAAACACGACUUUUAACUAGGAAACUCGUAUUUACAAUAAUUCUGAUAGCAUGAAAAGGCAGCAUAAAUGUCUAGUUUACAUCAUUAACAAUUUGAAUUGAAGACGUUUAUACAUUAACAAAGUAUUGCUAUGAUGUGAUGGGCUUAAGAAUAAAAGCGCAUGCAUAAAUG